AUGAUGUCUAAGAUUGGUUCCAACCUUCGGGCCCUAAUUUUCAUGGGCGCUGCUGCCAUUCUCUUCUCCGAAACAACGGCUUUAGAAUACGUCCUUCAACCCGUCGACCCGGCCACUCUGUACAAUAACAGGGUCACCAUCUGGGACUCGAUCCCGCACCUGGACGUCUGGAUCCAGCAAACAGAAUUCGAUCCUCCCACUGUGAGAGUCGAGAUAACAAACGAAAACAACCACAUCGUUACCUUUUCCAAAUGGAACUCGCCUCUAGACCCCGAGGCAAUUCAAAAGAAGAUCCUUCAGGUCAAUCGCCAGCUCGACUGGCCUCUCACCGAUCUUCCCAUCUACGGCCUACGACCAAACUUCACCAGCCCGUGCGAGGUACACGACAAGGAAAAGGCCGAGGACCUGGUGGAACUCCCACCUGGGUUCGCAAUCCAGCAAGACCACGUGUUCGACAAAGAGUCGGGCUGGGAUCUCUCAAAGCGCCACAGGGCAGGAAGACUUCGCAAAUCAGCUGUGCAGAUGGUUGGGAUGUGGCGUGGUGUGUGGAACAUGACCAAGGAGGAGGUGCUUGAGCUGCCAGCACGUGAAGAUGAAUAUUCAGAGUGUCCUUGGUUUACUUCCAACUUCGUCCUACCGCGAUUUUGA